GGGGCCGGGGCCGGGGCCGGUCCGUGGCGGGGGCGCGGGGGCGCGGAUGGCGGUGGGGCUGCGCCAUGUUGCGGUGGCUCGUGGCGGUGCUCAGUCACUCCUGUUUUGUCUCCAAGGGCGACAGCAUGUUUUACGCGGUGCGCAAGGGCCGGCGGACGGGCGUCUUCCGCAGCUGGGCGGAGUGUCAGGAGCAGGUGCACAAGUUCCCCUCCGCCAGCUUUAAGAAGUUCGCCACCGAGGAGGACGCCUGGGCCUUCGUGCGCGCCGGCUUCCCGGGGCGGCGGCGGCAGCCCGAGCCGGCAGGGGCACACGAUCCUCCAGCUGUUACACAGGAAAGUAGCAGUAGCCAGAGAGGGGAAGUAGAAAUAAACGUCUUGUGUUGCAAUACAUGCAAAAGGCCACAUGAACAGUCUACAAACGAAGAACACAUUGCAAAGCGUGUGAAACACAAUGAGGUGUUCUCGGUGCCAACAGUCAGCGAAGAUAAAUUUUCAUAUAUGGGUGACUUUGCAGUUGUUUAUACAGAUGGCUGUUGCUCGGGUAAUGGCCGUAAUAGGGCACGUGCUGGAAUAGGUGUCUACUGGGGACCAGGCCACCCUUUAAAUACCAGUGAAAGACUUCCGGGGCGGCAGACUAAUCAGAGAGCAGAAAUACAUGCAGCCUGCAAAGCAAUAGAGCAAGCGAAGAGUCAAAACAUCAAGAAACUGAUUAUCUACACUGAUAGCAAGUUCACUAUUAAUGGUAUUACGAGCUGGGUUGACAACUGGAAAACAAAUGGCUGGAGAACAAGUUCAGGAGGAAGUGUAAUAAAUAAAGAAGAUUUUGAAAGACUUGAUAAUCUAUCAAAAGGCAUAGAAAUUCAAUGGAUGCAUAUUCCUGGUCAUGCUGGCUUCCAAGGAAAUGAAGAAGCUGAUAGACUAGCAAGAGAAGGAGCUAGUAAGAAAAAGUCCUGAUGUACUGGGACUAGAGACUGUUGCAGUGGAAGGAAAAGGACUGAUGUAACAGUGACAACUUGAACUGCUGUAAUUGUUUCGGAGUUGGAACUUUGAAUUGUACUUAUUACUGGCCUGAAGUGUAUAAACCAACUUCUGGGGUGAAAAAACCCCCACGUUUUCUUCUAUAGCAUUUGUUUUACAAAUAAGUCGAUAUUUAGUUGAUGAUACAGAGCGUUUGCUUUUUCUCCAUCUUACUGAAGGGCCGCAGUCAGUGAUUUUAGCUGUCUUGUAGACUUCUGAAUUCACUGUGGAGACAGACUUCUGAAGAAAUAAUAUUAAAUCUUUAUCCUAAGUAUUCUGUAUCUUCCUGUUAGUGAAAUAAAUUAAUUUUUUUGUACAGAGA